UUUUUUUUUGGUUGUUGUUGAUGAAAAUGAUAUAUAUGUUUAUUAGAUCUAAUCAGUGUAAACUGUAUCCGGAAUUAUUCUUUGUAUCGAGUAUAGUUUUAUUACUUCCACUCUCACCGCACACUUCCUGUGUGUAAAUCUCAGUCUCAGUCUGCCGCUAAUUUUAACUUUGUCGGCUAAGCUAGAGAGUGUGAGACGAAGAAAUGAAAAAACGCAUAUUUGGGAAAUUUUGCAAAUCAUUUUGAGGAAAACCUUUUCAGCAAGUAUGGCAACAGGAUGAAGAUUGCAGUAGAAGGCUGUUGUCAUGGAGAGCUGGAUAAAAUUUAUGAAACCCUGGAGCACAUUGAGAAGAAAAACAACAUACAUAUUGACCUGUUGUUGAUAUGUGGGGAUUUUCAGGCAGUGAGAAAUAUGGCAGAUCUGCAGUGCAUGGCUGUGCCUCAGCACUAUCAAAAACUCAAUACCUUUUACAAGUACUACUCGGGGGAGAAGAAGGCACCAUAUUUGACAGUGUUUAUAGGAGGGAACCAUGAAGCUUCAAACUAUCUUCAAGAACUGCCUUAUGGAGGAUGGGUGGCGCCAAACAUAUAUUAUAUGGGCUAUGCUAGUGUGAUUCAGGUUGCAGGAGUCAGAAUAGGAGGGUUGUCUGGGAUUUUUAAGGGCAGAGAUUAUAAUAAAGGUCACUUUGAACAUCUCCCAUUUGAUAAUGAAACAAAAAGAACAGUUUAUCAUGUCAGAAGUUUUGAUGUCUUCAGAUUAAAACAGAUAUCUAGACCAGUUGAUAUCUUUCUGUCGCAUGACUGGCCCAGGGGAGUGUAUAACUUUGGAAACGUGAACAUGCUGCUGAAAAAAAAGCAGUAUUUUCGAGAGGAAAUAGAACAAGAUCGACUUGGGAGUCCAGCAGCUAAAGACCUCCUGUAUCACAUUAAGCCAGAUUACUGGUUUGCUGCUCAUCUGCAUGUUAAAUUUCCAGCCAUUAUUCAGCACCAGGCUGCAGAUGGAAAUCAGAAGAUUACAAAGUUUCUAUCUCUUGAUAAAUGUUUACCCAGAAGAAAGUUCUUACAGAUUUUAGACAUACCACAUGAUGCAGAUAAGCCAAUGAAAAUUGAGCUGGAUCCUGAAUGGCUCUCCAUUUUGAAAUCUACCAAUCAUCUAAUGAACCUUACCAAGAUGGUUAGAUACAUGCCUGGUCCUGGUUCCAGUGAAAGGUGGGAUUUCACAGUGACAAAUGAAAAUAUCAACCAGAUACUGGAGGACUUUGGUGGAGAUUUGUCACUGCCAGAAAAUUUUGAGAGAACUGCAGCAAUUCAUAAUCCAAAUGAACCAAUGAAGAACUCUCCACCAUCUCUUGUCAUCAAUCCUCAAACAACUCUACUGUGUACCAUGUUGGAUCUUACAGACCCAAAUGCAGUAUUCUUGGGGAAAGACUCGCACAUCAAGAUGGAGGAUUUGUCAGCAAUGGAGUCAGCUGAAGACAUCGAAAGUGAGACAGCAGGGGAUGAUGAUGAGGGAGAUGGUGUGGAAGAUGAUGAUGAUACAGAAUACGAGUCAGAACCAAGCUUUACAUCCAUGUCAGGCAGCGAAAGGAGUUUCUUAUCCUCAAGUAAUGCAGAUGACAGUUUCUUCUCCAGCAAUUUAGAUAUCUCAACUGAUGAUCAAAAUACAAGUUAUAACCCGGACGAGAUUUCCAUCUCAGAUAAUGAAGAUGAAUUCGACGAAAUCAUGGCGGCACAAAAAGAGGCUCAAAAGUGUGAUUCAUCAGAUGAAAAAUUAGCAUCACCACUCAAAAAUGUUAACAUUGACUCGGAGAGUUCAUCCCUAAAUACUUCUAUAAGAAGUUCUGAGGAUGAAAAAACAUCUCCAGUGAAGAGUGCAAUUUCUGUGGACAGCAAGUCAGUUUCCCCAAGUAUGGGCUCCUUGAAUCAAUCUGAUAUUGAUGAUGCUGACCCAGAGCUCCUAGAGAUCUUGGCUGUUCAGAAAAAACACAAAGAUUCUAGUUCUGAGUCACAGUCACUUAUUGAAUUGGCCAUUCCUAACAGUGAUGAAGAAUUAAAAGAAAUUCUUAAAGAGCAAAAUGCGCUUACAUCACAAGGAGCUGUCAAACCAUCAAGUCCGGCUGCAACGGAGAAUAAUAGUGUAGCGGACAGUGAUAAAUCAACACAGAAAAGAAACGAUGGAACAGAGUGCGAAGAGAGUCCGCAGACCAAGAGGUUGAAGCGCCGUAAUCAGCAGCUAUAUACAGAUUGUGAUAGCUGAUAUUCAUACUCUUCUGACUCGGAAUUUUUUUUGGAUACAAUGUGAUAAUUAAAUGAAAUUUUUAUGAGAGAAAUGAAAUAUACCACUGACAUCAAUUUACACCAGAUUUAUUUUUAAAAAGAAUUUUUUUUCCAAAUUUUGUUAUAAGAGUUACAAGAGGAGGAUUACAGAAGACAUCAUUUAGAAUUCAAUCUCAUUCAAAACAGUAAAAGGUUUUGUUUCAACAAGCCUACUUCAUUAUUGGUAUAAAAUCACAAAUACUCAGUGCAUUGGUGGAAAUAACAAAAAUGUACAAGUAAGGCUCAUGCUUGUUAAACAAUGUUGAAAACAAUAUUUUAAAUUGAAUUUCAUAACAAUAAAUUUACAUUGAUUGUGUCUGGAACACAAA